AUGAUGAAAUGUGCGCCGGCAGUCAGCCUAGCGGUAGAAAAAAUCAACGCUGACGUUCUCAACGACAAUUACCGUCUAGAGCUGAUUGAGAUUUCGUACGGCCACUCAUGCAACUAUGACAAGGCACCGGGUUAUGCCGCACAGGCGUUCUACACGAAUGAUAUUAUAGUGAUUGUGCUCAGCUUGCGCGGAGAAUCGGUCAGAGAAGCGAUGCUGACCGCCUAUGACCUGGGAAUGACCAACGGCGAAUGGGUGUUCUUUGACACGGAGAUGUUCAAAGAGCCAUUCUGGGGCGACCACGGUUGGUAUCGUGGUGAUGACAACGACAAACGAGCCAGGUCUGCAUAUGAAGCCUUGCUGAGGGUGUCUCUCGUGCAGCCGAGAGGGGAGCAGUUCCCUCUGUUUGCGGAGAAGGUGAUGGAGAGGGCAGCUACUCAGUACGGAUAUCAUUUCAAGAACUCCAGUGAGUUCAUUCCAGGAAUAAACGGAAAUUUCAAGGUAGAUGUCAUUGGGGAUCGGAUCACGAAUUUCUUCCUAAUGGAUUUGGAUCCCCUCACGGGGCUAUUCAAGCCGGUUGGCAUCAACUAUGCCGAUGAUGAGUUUGUGUAUGUGCCACUCAAGCCUAUUCACUGGCCUGGAGCGCAGAACGAGCCACCUAAGGAUGUACCAGUCUGCGGGUUUCGAGGAGAUCGUUGCAAACCUAGGGGCUACCUAACACUGAUAGUCUACCUUUUGGGAAUUAUAUCGAGUGUGUUUUUGGUGUGCGGAAUCGCUGCGGCGUUUGUAUACAGGCGUAUGAAGUUGGAAUCCGCUUUAGCAAACAUGUCGUGGGUCGUAAAGUGGGAUGAGCUGGAACCAUUGAGGAGUAGCCAUUGUCACGGACUUACUAGCUUGAACAGCUGUUCAAACUCUUCUGCGGAAGAAAGGCCUCUAUGCCACAACGUCGCUAUAUAUAAGGGUGUGAUCGUAGCAAUAAAGAAAUGUUCGGCGAAAAGAAUAAACAUCACUAGAAACAGACUGCUGCAGAUAAAACGCAUUCGGGAACUGCAGCACGAAAACCUGACUCGAUUCAUCGGAGCCUGCAUCGAACCACCUAAUACGGCCGUGCUGGUAGAGCACUGUGCACGCGGUAACCUCCAGGGAAUGAAGUACUUGCACGAGUCACCCAUUAAAUCUCAUGGCGAUCUCUGUUCGCCUAAUUGCGUCUGCGACAGUAGAUUCGUUGUCAAGGUGACAGAUUUUGUCGUGAAAACACUGUUAGGAGGGAACAGAGACAUACUGAUGGGCCAGCCUCAGUCGUAUUACUCACGCUUGCUUUGGACCGCUCCCGAACUUCUGCGAAAAGAGCAAUUUUCCCUUGAUGGAACCCAGAAGGGCGAUGUCUAUUCAUUUGGCAUUAUCCUUUACGAGGUUAUACUUGACAGCUACCCAUUCCAAGAUGAAACGAUAAGAUUGACCCCGAUAGAAAUCAUUGAAAGUGUACGCCGCGUCGAAUCUCCUCCAUUCCGACCGACUGUGGAAAAUGGCGCCUGCCAACAAGACAUCUGUAAGCUGAUGACAGCCUGUUGGCAAGAGGAUCCUUCCGGUCGCCCGUCGUUCGAUAACAUUCUUGCAACGUUGAAGAUCAUCAGCAAGGGCAAGUUCGGAAAUAUCCUUGACGACCUACUGAUGCGCAUGGAGCAGUAUGCCGCCAACCUGGAGACGGUCGUUAACGACAGGACAUCUCAAUUACUGGAGGAGAAGAGAAAGGUCGACCAGCUUCUCAAGGAGAUGCUUCCCGGGAAGGUAGCAGAGCAGUUGAAAGCAGGACAUGCCGUUCAGCCAGAAUUAUACGAUAGCGUCACGAUAUAUUUUAGUGACAUCGUCAGCUUCACCACGCUGUCAGCUGAUAGCACGCCACUACAGAUCGUCGACCUGCUCAACGAUCUAUACAGCUGUUUCGAUGGAAUUCUAACGCAAUUCGAUGCUUACAAGGUGGAGACGAUUGGCGAUGCCUACAUGGUUGUUUCUGGUCUCCCGGAGCGUAACGGCGACAAGCACGCGAGUGAGAUUGCUCUCAUGUCGCUCUCCUUACUCAACGCCGUGGACAAGUUCAAGAUUCGACACCGACCAGGAGAGAAACUACAGCUAAGGAUAGGGUUACAUUCUGGUUCGUGCGUAGCAGGGGUAGUCGGAUUGAAGAUGCCACGUUACUGCUUAUUCGGGGAUACUGUUAACAUGGCUUCAAGAAUGGAAUCGACGGGUUUGCCGUUGAAAAUUCAAGUCAGCUCAUACACAGCCGAGAUACUGCAGAGCUGCGAUCAAUUUCAGCUACAGCUACGAGGAGAUAUUGAAGUAAAGGGGAAAGGUACACAAAGAACAUAUUGGUUGGAAGGUGCGGCAUCUGACGAUAAAUCACCAUCUGCCUCUAAUGACUGA